GUUGUGUCAUGGCAACCAAGCUUCGGUUAAUAAUUCCCUUUCCGUCCAGCUCCAGCGCACUCCGCAGGAUGAUAGCAUUAGUGCGUUGUUUGGCGAGGAGGAUGGUGAUGAUGAUCACGAUCACCUCCAGCUGCAUCGUCCCGACACCGGGAUAACUUCACCGGGAGAGGAUGACGACGUGGAAUUUGAAAUCAGCGUGCAGGAGGAAAAAGGGCCAGCAAUGCCCGGGUCUUAUUCAACUGGUACGGCACCUCCGGUCAUCUCGGUCGUCCCUCCUGGCAGUUUUAUUGCGACUACUUCUACCGGUAAUCAACAUCCUCUGGACACGACCCCCCACGACGACAAUUUCCGCCGGGCCCGCGCGAGUAGCUUGACGUGUGCGACGCAGCGGGAUUUGGAAAGAC